AUGGUUUUCGAAUGGAAAGACGAGGGCAAGCUCCACCGAAUUCCCAAGCUGGAGCCCGGCCCUCCCAACGUAUACUUUGGUGACGUCUUCUCGACGUCUUCCAGUGACGCCCCGAACCCGUUGACUGGCUCCUUCUUCCUUCUCGAAAAGGUGGAAAAGCCAGAGCCGGCGCCGACGUACUCGUAUGACGAGAGCGGCAUCGUUUUCAAGGGUGAGUCUGCCAUUAUUCUCGUCCGCACCAAGGCGCGCCUUUUUAAACAAUCCUGGCUAUUCCGUAGGUGA